AUGAACGAAGAGGUCAGUUCCGUAGAAUGCGCACCUAGUUCCCCCGACGCCAUGUACCUGCCCAAGCUGCUCCGCGGGGGAGGGGCUCUGUCUGCCGGCCUGCGAGGUUUCAGGACGCGCCCUUCGGCUGCUCCGCACGGGAGGUGCCUGCGCGUGCUGGUCGACAUGGAUGGUGUGUUGGCUGACUUUGAAGGUGGCUUCUUAAAAAAGUAUAGAACUCGAUACCCCCAGGAGCCCUACAUCGAGUUGGAGGAACGCCGAGGAUUCUGGGUGUCUGAGCAGUAUGAACAUCUAAAACCCGGACUUAGCGGGAAAGCUAUUAGCAUCUGGGAAUCAAAGAACUUCUUCUUAGAACUGGAUCCUAUAGAUGGCGCCGUGGAGGCAGUAAAAGAAAUGGCCAGCUUACCCAACACGGAUGUCUUCAUUUGCACCAGUCCAAUCAAACGAUAUCAGUACUGUCCAUAUGAAAAGUAUGCCUGGGUGGAGAAGCACUUUGGACACGAGUUUUUGGAGCAGAUUAUUCUGACUAGAGAUAAAAACUGUGGUUUCUGCCGACCUUCUGAUUGAUGACCGGCCUGAUAUAAACAGGAGCAGAAGCCAACCCCAGCUGGGAACACAUCCUCUUCACGGCCUGCCACAAUCGCCAUCUUCAUACGACCUCACCCCUCAGGAGGCUCCAGUCGUGGCGGGAUGAAUGGAAGGGAAUCCUAGAAAGUAAGCGUUCUCAGCUUUCCGAAGGAUGCAGGGAAACCCGUCAAACAGAGCCGAGGGAUUAA